AUGAAGCCGCUCCGGCAGAUACGCCCCCGCCCGAAGACGCCCGAGGACGCCGCGGCUGGCCCCCUGAAUGCGAACCGGGUCGCCCGACGUUCGGCACGCCCGCGCAAAACCCCCAGCGCGUGCGAUCCCUGUCGAAGGCGGAAGAUCAAGUGCGACGGUGCCCUUCCGAGAUGCCUCAUGUGCGUCACGCGGCGCGAAGUCUGCACAUACACGUACAGUAUCCGUCACACCGUGACUGUGGCCGAGGGUGAAGAGGUCCCGCAGAAAGGCUCUGCCAAUGAUGUACUCGAAUCAUUGAAGACAAUGCCGUACGACGAAGCAUUGGAGUUGCUGCGAAAGCUACGGCAAGGGACUGGAAAUACGCCAUCUCCGAUCGCGCCCCCAUCCGAGGUGCAGCUGCUCAGAGGCAUGCUUCCGCCGACGCCGAACAUUCUCGAGUCUGAGUUGUCGAUGCGGCAUCAUGUUGCAUAUCCAGCAUUAUCCCCGAUUUCUUUCACUCCGGCGCUGGGAAACUUGCUCAGACCGUUGGCUGUGCGACAGUCUGGAAGGCAGGAGAUAUCACCGGCUAGGCAGUAUCCUCUGAUCAGGGAUAGCGAAAGCAGCGUCUCGGGAGAGGAGAUAUUUACUCCGGACUCAGCCCCCACAGAGUUUGGCGACGAGUAUGUAUCGGAACCAUUGUUUGAUGAGCGGCUUGGAAGUGUCGAUAUUUCUUUCUGGACAGCAGUGUCAAUACCAAACGAUCUCGCAGUUCGCGUGUUAUCUCAUUAUUUCGAAGUUGAUCAUCCUGUCUUUCCACUUUUCGACCAGGAUCUGUUUCUGGAUGAUCUUGUGGAAAGGAGGAUUCACUUUUGUUCGUCUUUUCUCGUCAACUCCUUGCUUUGCUGGGCAUGCAAAUCCUACACGCCCAUCAGCCCCGACCCAGCAGAGUGGUCUCUCAGACUAUUCUUACAAGCCCAGAAAGACCUCGCCAGCCAACAAUCACAGAACACUUUGACAACAGUUUCUGGGUUACAGCUACUCGGUAUUAGCGCCGUCACAUACGGAAAGAACAAUUUGAGUCUGCAAUUCACGCGAAGGGGCGUUGAGCUUGGAAGGUCAAUGGGAUUGUUCGACGUCAAGGAAGAGAAGGAUUCGGCCAUGCAAUGGCUACAAGGUCAUGCCAUCUGGACGCGGGCCGCAUCAUACACAGCUUGGGGGGUAUUCAACUGGGUCUCGCUAUUGUCUUUACAUUAUCACACAUGCGAAAUUGGAACACCCCCCUUGCUUCCAAAACCACUGGCACUGCUGGCGGAUGGACCGCUCGAGGGCGUCCCCAAAAACACCGCCCACCCGCUAGAGGUAUUCGACGCCUCCAGUGUUUUAUGGACCAUCUGCCAAGAUAUGCUGUGUGGUUACUAUGGCACAAAGAAACAAGGACCAAGAGGACAACGCCAGCUGGACUUUGCGGAGGGUAUCUAUCUCAGACUUCUUCAAUGGGCCAACAACUUGCCCCCUAAUGUUGUGAGGAAUCAGGACAGCAACCACGACGUUAUGAUGAUGCACAUCUACUUCCACGCCAUUGUGACGGACCUUUUCCGACCAUUGACACCGCCCACUUGCAACCUCCGACUCAAUUUGUUUUCUAGCCAGCACGCUACUCCUAAAGCGGUGUAUGCCGCCUCAGUAAAUCAACUUAAACGACUUUGUCUCCUAUUCCGGCUCCGUUACAAGAAAGCCAGAUUCUCCGGCUUAUGGCAAACUGCCGUGAUAUACGUGGCAAACGCCAUGAUGCAAGAGGCGACUCAGUCAAAACCCCAACAUCAGCGACCUGGAAGAGAGUGGCGCUUCUAUUUAGACCUAUGUCUAGCAGGGCUUACCGACCUUUGCGUGUCGUUCUCCACAUCCGGUGCAAUAUCCCGGGCGGUGGUGGUUAUGGCGCUUCAAAACGGAACUUUGAAGCCAGCAGAAGCGAAUCGCGUACUGAUCGAGCUAAAACGGCUGGAGAUGGCACAUGAAGAGGCUCGGUUAAAGUUGAAUGGAAAUACUGAAGCAACCUGGGUUGUUGACCUCAAUCUAGCUUUGACCGACAUCGAGGCUGCGCGAGGCCAGAGCUUAGUCCAGCGGUUCGAAAAGAUGAUGCUUUCUAGCGAGGUUCCCUACGAUGAUACAGGACUUACUAUGGAUCUCACGACCGAAGUGUCCAGUUAA